ACUGCUACUUGAUGAAACCAAGAGAGUUUCUAAAGAGUAAAUUCCUUAGAGAGAGAAAGAGUGUUAAUUGUUGUUGUUGAAUGUACAGCUUCUCUCUGUUCUUUCUUUCUUUCUUUAUCACUCUCUUCUCUCUUAUAACUUACGUCAAGCUGUAAUUUAUUGAAUUUUUUUUUGGUAUUCAGAUUGAUUGGUUAAGCAUAUAACCCAUGUUUAAAUUUGAUUGAAUGGGAAAUUUUGAUUGAAUUUGGAGAAAAAUGGGAGGAUGUGUAUCAAGAAGUACACAGGGGUGUGUAGGAAGAAGAGGGUCUUCUAGAUCAAAGAAUGGAAAAAGAAGAAGAAGAAAAUCUGAUCAUCACGAUAAUUUAUCACUUGAUAUUAAUACUAAUAAAUCAGCAAUUCCAAAUAAUCAUCGAUCGAGAUCUAAUCUCAGCGUUAAUUUUCAAGGGGGAAGUACUGAGGAGGCAUGGUUUGAUUCUGCAGCGGUAUUUGAGUCUGACUGUGAAGAGGAUUAUCAAAGUGUCCCGGAUGAUGCUUUGUCCGUUAAUGGAUGUGAAGUUGCAUCUAUAUCCAGUUCGUCCCUGAGAGAUGACCAAACUGAUAGUACAUCAAGACCUUCAACCGACAAGCGACAUAAGCAAAGAGAGCCAUCUAUAGGAAAUGCUCAAAGAAAUUCCAUAGGUGAGAAUGCUAAAAAUGUAAAUGCUCGGGUUUCUCAUUCAAGUGAUGUUGAUCAUGAAUCAAUGUCGGACGCCCCUUCAACUGGUGCGAAGCGACAUGUUUCACACGAUGAAAUCUCUACUCAGUUGGUGGAUGAAAGCAUUGACAGAGGGACAGGGGGAAUUCUUGAUAAUUGUGGCAUUCUUCCAAAUAAUUGUUUACCUUGUCUUGCUUCAACUGUUUCCUCAGUUGAUAAAAGAAGAUCUCUGAGCCCUGGUCCACCAAGCAUGCGGAGAAAGGCAAGCUUGAAACUUUCCUUCAAAUGGAGGGAUGCUAAUUCCAGUUCAGCAUUAUUUAUAGCAAAGACCGUCAUAGAAAGGCCAAUUGCGGGUUCUCAAGUUCCGUUUUGUCCGAUUGAUAAGAAAAUGUUAGAUUGUUGGUCACAUAUUGAUCCUGGCAGUUUCAAAGUCCGGGCGGAGAACUAUUUCAGGGAUAAAAAGAAGGUUCUUGCCCCAAAUUUUGCUGCAUAUUAUCCGUUUGGUGUUGAUGUCUAUCUAUCGCCGCGGAAAGUUGAUCAUAUUGCACGGUUUGUGGAACUUCCUGUUGUUAAUACAUCUGGAAAGGUUCCAUCAAUUCUUAUUGUUAAUGUCCAGGUUCCAUUAUACCCUGCAUCUAUCUUUUCGGGUGAUAUAGAUGGGGAGGGAAUGAACGUUGUUUUAUACUUCAAAAUCUCCGAAACUUAUGCAAAAGACAUGGCUCCUCAUUUUCAAGAAAAUCUCAGAAGGAUAAUCGACGAUGAAGUUGAAAAGGUCAAAGGUUUUACUAUGGAUACAAUAUUACCAGUUCGUGAAAGGUUAAAAAUCUUGGGCCGUGUAGCAAAUGUGGAGGACCUUCAGUUAGGUGCAGCUGAGAGGAAGCUUAUGAACGCAUACAAUGAGAAACCUGUUCUUUCACGUCCUCAGCAUGAAUUUUACUUGGGAGAAAAUUAUUUCGAGGUUGAUGUCGAUAUCCACAGAUUUAGUUACAUAUCCCGUAAAGGGUUUGGAACGUUCCAAGAGAGACUAAAGAUGUGUGUUUUGGAUGUUGGCUUGACAAUUCAGGGAAACAAAGCCGAGGAAUUGCCAGAGCAGGUCUUAUGUUGUGUACGAUUAAAUGGGCUUGAUUACAAGAAUUAUCAACAAUUAGGGUUAACUCAAGAACCUCUAUGAAAAAAAUGCCAAAAUAUUAUAAGCAUUUUGUUCAAAUAAAGAGGUAUUUCUGUACUAAAGCUAUAUAUUAUGCUAAAAGUAUUCAUCUGUAAUGCCAUGUUUACUACCCUUGCAUUUUGCAUUUCUGCGUUCAUGGGUGAUAAAUGUGUAAGAAGUCUUUAGCUUGUGAAAAUCUGAUGAAUUACUUAAAACAGAGA